AUGACUUCUCCCAUCAUUCAUUACCUCACCACCGCGGAUGGCGAGCUACCUGAUGUGCUACGUUCCGAAUGCGACGACACCCGCACCACCGCGACGUCGGAAACACCACCCAUGCGACUUCCCGUCGAGAUACUGCACCAAGUCUACCUUUACCUACAUCCCUGCAACUUCAACUCUGCAAGACAUACCUGUCGGUCCUGGUUCACGGCAAGCCUCGACCGGUCGAUCCUCGUUCAGAUGCUCAAAAGGGGCGGAUGGUGGUCAAGCGUCGAAGACAUCCUCGGUCUCGGCCUCUUCUCCCAACGGAAACAACAUCUCGAUGAAAUAUGGACAAUGUCGAAAUGGCUAUCGAGGGAAUGCUCUCUCUGCUGCCAGUACUCCACCGGGCAGCCUGCUUUUGUCGAGGUCGGCCAAACGCUGUUUUCGGAUUGUCGAGAUGACGCGCCAAGAGGUUCCACCGCCCGAUUUCAACGGAAGGCUCGGUUCAUACCACCUGCCGGCGCCACCUCAAGUGCCCCAACUGUGUACGCCGCGAGUACCGACCUCAGGCAUGGCGUGCGUGUUGUUGCUGUGUUUCCAGCAACACAUACGACUGAAGAAGGCUUGCAGGAAGUCGAUAAACAGCUUCUCGUCUGCUACAACAUACCGCCAGACGUGUUCCGUGAUAUUAGCUUCUAUGGCACGUUGGAAGACCUCGACGGAGCAGUGGCACAGUGGAGAUGGUGGUGGCCAAAGCCGUCGAUUCUGUCCUUCGUCGCUGGGCACAAUACCGUACGCCCGAUAGCGAGCUCUCAUAACAGCCUUUCCUUCCCAAUCGAUGUUCUUAGUCAACAUGUGGACGUCUGCUCGGAUAUCAUAGCUCUAGCGGUAGAUUCCGGUCCCGACAUGCUUAUCUGGGCUUUCAGCGCCGAAGGCUUGGGGCGGUGCUGGGCUCUCAAUACCGGAAGGCAACCACGGAUGACACGAGCUUCAACACAAGCAGAUGGUAGCUUGCGUGAGAUUGACUGCGACGGAGACAUCUUGAUGUCGGACGUCGACGACUAUGCUUAG